AUGUCUUCCUUCAUCGUUUUUGCUCUUUGCGUGCAGGCUUGCUUGAUCCAGUCUGUACUAAGCCAGCAGUCCUGCGGUUUCCCGCAACUCCCCUACUCCGGAAUCGGCGGGCUCAACAACGCGCCGUCGCCGACGCCGGCGCCGGCCCCGCCGUGCGCGUCGUACGGCGGCGUGGGCACCGGGCAGGUCGGCGUGUCCGGCGACAUCGACGCGAGCGGCCAGACCGUCGUCGUCGGCUCCGUGCCCGUGCUCGGCUCCGUCGACUUCAGCGGCACCGUGCCCGCGUCCGGUUCCGUGUCCAUUUCUGGACAGUGCGGAUGCGGGUGCAAUAACUAGUCUAAAUCCCAGUAUUUUAGUUUAAUAUAGCCAAUUUGUAAAUA